GUCAAGUAGCAAUCACAAAACCCGUUUGCCGUAAUCAAAACUAUGGGCUUUUACUGAAUUUGGAGGCUAAACGCCCCCAAUUUUGCAUUCUGACUUCUUUUUCCUCACUCUCUUGUAUUUAACACUGCUGUCCGCGCCUCCAUCCUUCACUCCUCACACACACAUACACACUUCCUCCCCCUCUCUAGAUUUUCUGUUUUAAAAAUGGCGCUGGGGGUCAGCUAUGUUCCUACCAAGAUCCCAGCAUUUCCUGGCUCUGAGCUCAGAUCUCACAGGGUUUCCAUGGCCUCAACUCUCCAUUCUCCCUCAGCAGAGGUUAAGAAGCCGUUCACUCCACCACGAGAAGUGCACGCACAAGUGACCCACUCGAUGCCCCGAGAAAAGAUUGAGAUCUUUAACUCGCUGCACAACUGGGCUGAGAACAACAUCUUGGUGCUCCUUAAGCACGUCGAGAAGUCUUGGCAGCCGACUCAUUUCCUGCCCGACCCCGCAUCGGAAGGCUUCCAUGAGCAGGUGAAGGAGCUUAGGGAACGGUGCAGGGAAAUCCCCGAUGACCACUUUGUGGUUUUGGUUGGAGAUAUGAUCACGGAGGAAGCACUCCCGACUUACCAGACGAUGAUCAACACUCUGGAUGCAGUCCGGGAUGAGACGGGUGCCAGCCCGACCCCCUGGGCUAUUUGGACAAGGGCUUGGACAGCCGAAGAGAAUAGGCACGGCGAUCUUCUCAACAAGUAUCUUUACCUUUCCGGCCGCGUCGACAUGAGGCAAAUCGAGAAGACGAUACAAUACCUGAUCGGCUCGGGGAUGGACCCUCGGACCGAGAACAACCCGUACCUCGGAUUCAUCUACACCUCGUUCCAAGAGAGGGCGACAUUCGUCUCGCACGGGAACACGGCCCGGCUUGCCAAGCAACACGGCGACAUCAAGCUGGCUCAGAUAUGCGGGACCAUCGCUGCAGACGAGAAGCGCCACGAGACGGCCUACACCAAGAUCGUCGAGAAGCUCUUCGAGGUCGACCCCGACGGCACCAUGCUAUCCCUGGCCGACAUGAUGAGGAAGAAGAUCGCGAUGCCGGCUCACCUGAUGUACGACGGGAGCGACGACGCUCUCUUUGAGAACUUUUCCGCGGUCGCGCAGAAGCUCGGAGUGUACACAGCCAAGGACUACGCGGACAUCUUGGAAUUCUUGGUGGCGCAUUGGGAGGUCGAGAAGCUCACGGGGCUCUCCGGCGAGGGGCGGAAGGCGCAGGAAUACGUGUGCGGGCUGCCGCCUCGGAUUCGGAAACUGGAGGAGAGAGCGCAGCAUAGAGCCAAAGGAAAGGCGGCGGUGAGAGUUCCAUUCAGCUGGAUUUAUGGUAGAGAAAUCAUGCUUUAAAGUAUAAAUGGUCUCUUUACUUUUGAUGUUUUUUUGUGUUUGUAUUGAUGAGUUUGUUACAUGUUUUGGACGACGUCGUGUUACUGGUACUAAUGUUUAAUUUAUUGUUUCCUUUUGCUCUAUAAUUUUGGUUUCCAAUGCUAAAUGGUAUGUUCAAUUA